AGAGAUUGUUGGUUUGCUCCAUAAGAAAGAGAUUCACUGCUUCUCAGCAUGGCUCAGACUAAAUUAUUCUUGAUGCUGAUCUCCUCCCUGAUGCUCCUGUCUCAAGGCCAAGCCCAGGAGGUCCAGACAGAGCUGCCCAAUGCCCGGAUCAGCUGUCCUGAGGGCACCAAUGCCUAUCGUUCCUACUGCUACUACUUUAAUGAAGACCUCGAGACCUGGGUUGAUGCAGAUCUCUACUGCCAGAACAUGCAUGCAGGCAACCUGGUGUCUGUGCUCACUCAGGCCGAAGGUGCUUUUGUGGCCUCGCUGAUUAAAGAAAGCGGCACUGAUCACUUCAAUGUCUGGACUGGCCUCUACGACCCCAAAAAGAACCGUCGCUGGCACUGGAGCAGUGGGUCCCUGGUCUCCUACAAAUCCUGGGACAUUGGAGCUCCAAGUAGUGCAAGUGCUGGCUACUGUGCGAGUCUGACUUCAAGCUCAGGAUUCAAGAAAUGGCGGGAUAUGGAUUGUGAGGACAAGUUCUCCUUUGUCUGCAAGUUCAAAAACUAAAGGCUCUUGGAAAAUGGAUGUCUGAAAUUGGUCCUGCAGUGACUGUGAAGUCAAAAAUUAAACCAGAACAUCUCUCUUAACUCAACCUGUGCCAUCUCUUUCCUACUACGUUUGCGCUGCUAA